UUUUUUUUUGAGGUGAGAGGGGCAGAGUUAUACAUGUGUGUGUACAUGUGUGUGCGUGUCAUUUUUAACCUCUCCAUCACAGUCAGCACACACACACACACAGGCUCCAGAACUCGUGCUUCUGAUGGCAUUGGUGUUUCUCCGAUGGAUCUUCAGGCUGCUGAUGGUUCUGAUCAUCUCUCAGAGUGUGUGUGUGAUUUUCUACUACACAUCCGACACACACUCGUCCAGAGAUGCGAUGACAGAGGCACUUCAGCAGCUGCACUGCGCAAAACUCAGACGCAAGUUUUCCAUUAUCAAACCGGCCAAAAGUAUAGAACUCAAGAGCUUCACGCAGGAGCUGUCAGAUUUCUUGAGCUGCCCGUACAAAUCAAACCAAACUGAGCGCGAGUUAAACAGAAUCAGGCUGCAGUUAUGUUGUAACGCCACAGGAUCAUUCAUCCUCACCAAACGCAACACAGCCGUCAAUCAAUCCAUCCCAUAUGAAACAAGCAAAACAAAAACAUACAAAAUGACUGCAGAACUUCACAGUAUGCUGCCUGAGGACUUCCCCUGGUCCGGUCGGCGUCUGGGUCGGUGUGCUGUGGUCGGCAAUGGUGGGAUUUUGAAAAACAGCAGCUGUGGACGUGAGAUUGACAGUGCAGACUUCGUCAUACGGUUUAAUUUGGCAGCGGUUAAUGACAGUGAUGUUGGGCUGAAGACGGAUCUGAUAACAGUCAACCCCAGCCAGCUUGGAUUCAAAAACCUGGAGAAGAAUCCGGAUCCGUUGGUGGAGCGGGUCAGUGUGUACGGAAACGCCACCAUCAUUAUUCCCGCCUUUGCCUACACAAUCUGCACGUCUGCAUCAAUCAAAACUCUCAAAGUCCUCCAUCCAAUCAGACCUCAGCAGCCGGUGGUGUUCUUCAGCCCCUCUUAUCUGCGGACACUGGACCGUUUCUGGAAGGGGCGUGGCCUGCGGGAGGUGCAGCUCUCCACGGGGUUUAUGUUAAUCAGCACAGCGCUGGAACUGUGUGAGAACGUGCACGUUUACGGAUUCUGGCCGUUCGGCAGCGACCUGCAGGACCGUCCGGUUCCGUACCAUUAUUACGACCAGCUGAAGCCGCACCCCUACGUGCACAAGAUGCCGGAGGAGUUUGAGCGGCUGCUGCAGCUCCACAGCCAGGGGGCGCUGACACUACACCUGCAGCCCUGCUCCUCACCAGGGGCGGAUCUAGAAAAUCAUUUAUAGGGUUGCAUGAGGACUGUGGGGAGAGUCCAGAAUAAAUCAAAAUAUAACAUUUUAUUUGUCAGGUAAAAAUGUAUCAUGCCAAUUACAUAGUUAGACAAUUAGAAGCCGAUUCAGAAAUAAUAAAUGCAUAACAUCAAUUGCUCAAAGAUGACUUUAAGAGUAAAAUAUGCAUAUACACACAGUGGUGUGUGUGUCUUCAGACAUUCACCCAUCUGGCUACAGAAGAUCCCACAUUACUGCUUUGCUCUUUCCCUUAAAUACCCAGACCGGAACAAAAGGAUUAUAAAUAUUUACUACACCGACACCUUUCAAUUUUCAGAGUAUUUCAAUUUAAAAUUAAGUUUAAAAUAUCCAAAAACCACUAGAACAACGUAACAUAUUUUGUUGACUUGUAAUAUUUUGUAUAUGUGAUGUGUGUUGUGUUGACUAGUGAUAUUUUGUGCUUGCAUUAUCCCAAAUGUUUCCAACAAUGUUUAAAUCAAAAGAAAAGGAAUGAAAUAAAAUAAUGUGAAUUUAAAUGAUCAAACGCAACUGUAACAAAGUUCAAGUUCAGCGAAGUAGGAGGCGGACAUUAAAUGUAACUUUAAUUGUAAAAUAAACAUAAACAACAAAAUGAAAGGAGCGGCAGCAGCUGACUGCAGCAUAUAAGCGUUAUAAAAACAGCAGCGUAAAUGGUCCCGCAGCUCUCGGCCCCGCCCUGCCUCAUACCACAAUAAUGUUAAUAAAACUUUAAUAUAUUAA